GAGACCGGCCGGCCUUACAACUGCCGAAACAGUUCGAGGCAUUGCAUACACAGUGUCAAGAGUGUUCUUCAAACACAAUAAGAAGUCUUAGUAACAAUUGUUUUAUAUUAUCUUAUUGAAUCAGCAAAAAGUCGUACGCGUAUCUUUCACGCAGCUGUUUACAUCCGGUUGUCGACGUGGACAAACGUUUCUCGUUCGUUUUCUCGAGCACUCCGUUGUUUCUUUUUGUGAGUCAACAAAGCAUCGCACCGACGCGUUACGAUUUGCUCGCUGCGUUUUUCAAUCCUAAAUUCUCGUGAACGGCCCUGCGUGUAGACGCAGCCAGCGAUCACUGCAAACCUGAAAAGUUCGACUUAGAAAAAGGGGCGAGUAAGUGGACAAAACGAGCGGGAGUAAACUAUACUCGGAUCUCAACUUCGCGGACCUUAAUUUCUGAUAAAACUCCCCGAGAUGGCCGGCAGGAACGAAUGGGACUACACUCAGAACGGACCCAGCACAUGGGUGGAGAAAUUCCCAAUGGCGGCGGGUUCCAGGCAGAGUCCGGUGAACAUCGAAACCGACCGUGCAGAAUCCGACCACGAGGCUCUAAGUAGCAAACCCUUGCGUUGGAAGUAUGCCGCGACUGCUUCACGAAAACUCGUGAAUCCUGGUUAUUGCUGGCGCAUAGAUACCGACGGUGAAGGCACCUUCCUUACUGGAGGUCCUCUCAUGGACGAUGUCUACAAGCUGGAACAAUAUCAUUGUCACUGGGGAUGCAGUGACUCCAGAGGUUCCGAGCACACAGUGGACGGUGAAGCAUUCGCAGGCGAGCUGCAUCUGGUACACUGGAACACCAGCAAGUACAAGACUUUCGCCGAAGCUGCAAAGGCGUCCGAUGGAUUGGCUGUACUGGGAGUAUUCCUAAAAGUGGGCAAAACCCACGAGGAGAUGGAUAAGAUCGCACGACUGUUGCCAUACGUCUCUCAUAAGGACGAGGUGGUUGAUAUCGUGGAGAACAUCGAUCCCAGCAAGCUUCUUCCCGUACGCGGAGGACGUGCCGGGACGCAAAGAUGCGUGAAUCCAUGCAUGCGUUGGGCCGACCGAAUCAUGCAUCCUGAACACAAGGGAGACUACCAAGACGACAACGGCUACUGGACGUACUUGGGCUCGCUUACGACGCCGCCCUGCAACGAGAGCGUCACCUGGAUCCUGUUCAAGAAGUACAUCGAGGUGUCUCAUCAUCAGCUGAACAUCUUUCGCAAUCUCCGCAAGUUUCCGCGGGGCGCUGAAUGUCCCUGCCACGAAAAUCAUGGCGCGGUGAUCAACAACUUUCGACCGCCGCUACCGCUGGGAAAUCGCGUGCUGCGCGAAUGCGGAAGCUUCUAAGUUCCUCGCGGUACUUUGAGCGACACCCGACGAAGAUGAUGAGGAGAAGAGGUUCGAUGACAGCCAUUGCGUUUUUGCCGGCCAUUCCGGGGGGAGGGGGGGAGGGGGGAGGGGGAGUAGGGAAGCACGAUUAGAUAUCAAGAGAAAUUUAGAUCUUAGACGUUUACAUUAUUCUGCUCGAUUGUUGGACGUGCCUUAUGUAUACUUACUUCGGUACGGUAUCGACGUACCACGUGCUUGUAAUAUGUCUACUUACGCUGCAUUAGAAUCUUGAUUGUCCCACGCAUGUGACCAUCGAACGAUUCCUGAUUAUCAGUUUGCGGAUUAAUAUGUUAAUCGCUUACUCAUCGAAGAUCUAAACCGUCCAGGCACACGUUUCCUUAACGCAAGUGAUAACGUUCGAGAUGAGAGAUAGAAUGCGCUUCGGAUUGUUUUUCGCACACAUGUUGCAUGCAGAUGGGUAUCGGAUAAUCGAGAUUCUAUCGUUUCGAGGCUGAUGUAAUAAGCUGAAAUUUUUUAAAUUCACUACACUCUUGACAGCUUCGCGAAUACUUUCGACGAAUUUUCGAUGAAAUUCGAAGCAUACUCGGUGCGUUCGAUGUGAGCCAUGUAAAUGAUUUAGUUAUUGACACGUUUAUCCCAUACGUCGUGCGUUCUAUAUGUAUCCAAUGACGUAAGAAGAAAUUCAGUUUUACGCCAUGCUUGUUUCACUGUACCACUCGGCAUCGUCAUUCUCGUGAACGGAAGUCAAGAUGACAUUUAUGUGGUGCUGCGCAUCGUCAAUUCAGAUCUGUUGCGUUGGAGGUUGGUACACUAAUUUGUUGUGCUAGUUGGUAAUUGUUAAUUGGUUUAUUUAUUUUUUUUUUUUUUUUUUUUUUUUA